AUGGCCACUUAUUCAGAUAAAUCAUUUAAUUCUCAGCAUUACGAUGACUCGAGACCAAAUUAUCCAAAUCAAUUCUAUCUGGAGUUGAUGAAAUACCAUCACCAAAAGGGUGAUACAAAAUUAGCAGUUGAUAUUGGUUGUGGUACAGGUUUUGUAACUUUCAAAUUAACCGAAUAUUUUGAUAAAGUAAUUGGAACUGAUCCAUCAUCAACCAUGAUUAAUCAAUGUAAGGAAAGUUAUGGACCAGAAUUUUGCAACAAUUCAGACAAGAAAAUUGAAUUUUUGCUUGGUAGUGGUGAAAACCAACCUAAAGAGAUCAAGCCAGAUUCGGUUGAUUUAAUCACUGGUGCUGAAUGCUGUCAUUGGGUUAAUCACGAACGUUUCUUUAAAGAAUCUGCAAGAGUUUUAAAACCAAAUGGUACUUUAGCAUAUUGGUUUUACAAAGAUCCGGUAUUCAUUGGUUAUCCAAAAGCAAACGAGAUUUAUACAAACUACACAUACAAUUCAUCCUUUGAUGUUAAUCCAAAUGACGAGUUUGAAAGAUAUAUGGGUCCAUAUUAUCAACAACCGGGACAUGACUAUUUAAGAACUUUAAUGAAAGAGAUAGAAGUUCCUACUACUGAAUAUUACAAUAUUAUUAGAAAGGAAUAUAUCUCUGAUAGGGAUGGAGCUCCAGCUGAUUCAGAGGACGGUUUUGAGACCAAAACCCCACUUUUUAUUAAGAAGACAAUUGAUAUGAAAUGGUUCCUUAAUUAUGUAAAAUCAUGGUCAGCUUAUCAUGCAUGGCAAAAAGAACACGGCCAUAAGUAUAAUAUUGCUGAGAGAUUUGUUGAAGAGUUAAAGAAAGAAUUAAAUUGGACCGAUGACACAAAAAUUGAAGUCAUCUGGGACACCGUUUAUACUUUCGCUAGAAAGAAGUAA